UGAUACGAAUGAACAGGCUCGUGUGUUUGGUUGGUUGGUUGGUUGGUCGUGCCGCUGUUGUUGUUGUUGUUGUGUUGGCCUAGCGAGGUUGUCAUGUCACCACCAUCCCCAGCACAAAGAAUCGUCAUCUUUGGGUGUCUGGGUGUCAUGUCACAAACGACUCUCCCACCAGCAAACAAACAGUCAUGUCUCACGACUUGUCACUUUUUCCGUCGGGUCUUGUCUGUUUGUUCUGUCGGCUGGAUGGUGUCUUAUCUGGUCUGCCUGGUUUUUUUGGUGUCAUCACCCGCCCGCUUUCCCACUCGCUCCUCCUCGCCUCCUUUGUUCUCAUUUUCUUGCACGUUUCUGUUUCUGCUCCUUUCACAUUGCCCUUCCCGCCGCGUCAGGCAGCGGCUGCAUCACGCAACCCUCACACGUCUGCCGCAUGUGCCAUUUCUGUGCUGCAACUUGCUUGCCUCCGCUUCUUGUUGUAGGCGCACACGAUCUUGCUCCCCGUCUCCAGCUUGGGGCUUGAACGAACAGUGGUGGGGGAGAAAGGCUGAAGAGCGACAUAAGCCAACCUGCUGGCCUCACUCACUGCACGGAGCCCAAGCUCGCUCCUCCCUGCUGUUGUUGUUGCAGCCGUCCGGAAACCAGCACCAACAACAACAGCAGCAGCAGUACCACAACCAGCAGCGCUGUCCUCCAAUGCAGCGACAGCACUGCCAACACUUGACUCUGCUUUUCAACUCAUGACCACCCCCAGCUCGCAUUUCUUCUUCAACAACAAUGUCUUCAACUCACAAGCAUCGCAUGGAGAUGGCCCACACCAAAGACAGCAGCAUCGUGCUUGAUGCAGCCUUUGAGCAACCCAUUGCCCAGCAGCACCCCAUCAGCGACCGCCAGGCCGAGCAACAACGACCAGCACCACCACAGCAGCAACCACAGCAGCAGACCACCAUGCACCAUCACACCUUUGCCCGCGAUGACAGUGGCGAAGGCAACGAUGAUGGCGAUGGUGACCAUAAGCACGCAAUGGACACAACCCACAGCAACACCAGCGCCGACUUCAGCAUGGCUGCAUGCACCGACAACAACAACGAGGACGUGUUCAGCGCAGAGGAGGUGCGUGCAGCACUGGCCCUCACCCGAAACAGACGGAAGCCCGCUGCACCCCCGUCAUCGUCGUCCAUCACUGCAACCGCUGCAGCUUCCAAUUCACCACCCACGACUUCCGCCGCCGCCACGGCCACCACCGCCAUCGCCACGGCGACGACAGGCGCACCUGCGUCCCCAGCGAGCACGUGCACGCAGGAGAUGGCAGCCACGCCGCCACACAGCGGCCAGAAGGCGAAGAAGGCCAAGUAUUCAGCUUCGUCCCCUCCUUCAGACCAUCAACACCAGCAAGAACAGCUUGGUGGGGACAGAUAUGAAAACCAGCGUCCCGCCAUGUCCGCAACAGCAGAACAAGGCAGUGUGCGUGCCACCACCGCCACCGCUGCUGCCACUGUGAUCGACCUUGAUCCCAGCAGCACGUGCGCGCCCGCCAAGGCGUUUGCUGCCGCGGAUGCGUGGCGGGCGUCGCUGUUUGGUGUGGUGCAUGCUGCGCAUCAGGACGUCCACAACCUCGCCCACGCCGUCGCCGUGUGUGCACAUCGCCAGCGCGACGACCGCAUUGCCUGCCUCCGCCACAGGCCCGCCCCUCCUGCUGCCGACGAUAACACCGACAAGGAUGACGACAGCCGUCUUGAUGUGACCACGACCCCCCAAGACCAGCAGCAGCAGCAGCAGUCCGUGGUGCCAGCUGCGGAUGCCACCGCAACAGUGCUCUCAUCAUCACCAUCAUCAUCAUCAUCAGCAGCACCAGCAGCAGCAACAGCAGUGCUCUCAUCAUCACCAUCAUCAUCAGCGCCACCGUUGCUGUCGACCGCGGCUCCAGCUGUGAAGCCGCCCACGCCGCCGCGUGUUGGCAGUGGCGACGAGCCAACGAAGCGCCGCAAAUCUGCCAACCUGGACCAGAUGCACGGCUUUGACCGACAACAAAAACAGCAGCAGCAGCAGCAGCAGCAGUCGUCGCGAUUGCAUCCUGCAUCUGUGCGGCGGCACUCUGCGCCGCUGGUUGCCAACUGGUUUGCACAACAGCUGCUCAACUACAGGGCUGCGCACCAACCACCGCACCAGCUCACAGCGGCACUGGCUACGAUGGCAGCAGCAGGCAGACAGCAACAGCAGCAGUACCAUCAGCAAGUUCAUGCUGAUGUAUCCAAGCAGCGGCAGCCACUGGGAACAAUCCACACCAACGUUGCUGCUGCCAUAGCGACAUCGCCAACACGGGCAUUCGAGGAUGUUGUGCGGGAUGGCGCAGCGUCACCGUCGCCGCUGCACAUGCUGGCCACGCGCCGAUAUUCUGCACCAGCAUGCACAGGUUUCGACGCGGCGAUGGCAGCAGACGGGGCCUGUGCUGCCGCACACAUGUCCCGAACUGCCGCACCGCAACGCAGCGAACAGGACGCAAGCAUCAACACUGGUGCACACCAACGCCGUCAAACCGAAAACGUCCACACCCUGCACCACGCUCGCCCCCAUCAUCAUCAUCAGCAGCAGCAGCAGCAGCCUUACCACGUUCUUGCUGCGUCGCUGGGCGCAUCGCGUCGAGGCAGCCUGGACACGGUCCUGGAACACGCCACCAUGGGCCCUCCAUCCUCGUCAGCAUCGCCAUCGUCAUCGCCGCUCUCGUUCAACCAUCACCAGCAUCAUCAGCAUCAGCAUCAUCAGCAUCAUCAGCAUCAGCAUCAUCAGCAUCAGCACCAACAACAUCAACAUUAUCACCACCAUCGUCAUCUUGGUGGCGCCAGCUCCCAGUCUGACCUUGACCGCGACCACAACCACCACCGCCAUCGCCCCAGCUAUGCAACGCACCGCCACCACCGCCACAGCUACCACUUCCACAGUGACACCAACCCCUUGUUCACGGAGCGCGCAAGGAGCGCCGGCGCAAUGUUCCGCGGCAACGGCGCCACCGCCACCUUCGCUGCCACAACACCAACAGCACAAACCCCGCCGCCACCAGCACCCAUCCGUCCGUCGUCGCAGCCGUGCGCGUCUUCGGCGAUGGUGUCUGCUCGUCGCUCGUCGCUGCCAACGUUUCUCGAUGGGCGCGGGUGCACUGCCCCGGCCGCAUCGUGGCUCGUGCCGCCAUAG